UCACGGCAUCCUGUUGCGCGCGUGCGUUCGGCCACAGAGUCUGUCUGCGCCUCAACGGCAAGAGAGUUUACUGUAGAUCCGCAUACAGUCUAUUUCUAAUCUGCUACUUGUUGAAUACUACCGUUUUUAGACGCCGGCUCGCGUUCGAAGAGUGGGAACGAGCGCGGUGAACAAAAAGGACACAUUCAACAGGCUGAUUUGCGUCUUUCUAUGCUUUAGCUGUCCGGUUCCCGUGUACUUCAUUCCCCCUACGGAUUUACAGGAGGAGCGAACAUGCCUUUGGGACUCAGGAAAAAGAAAAACAAGUCGAGGGAAAGCUCGAAUUUAGUGGAAAACGAGGAGGUCAGUGGACACCCAGGUGUCGGGAAGUCCGCGGUGAACGGUGGUGGACUCCCUCCUCCACCUGCCAGCAUGCGACCGAAACUGGUGUUUCACACGCAGCUCGCGCACGGGAGUCCCACGGGCAGAAUCGAGGGCUUCACGAACGUCAAAGAGCUGUACAACAAAAUAGCAGAAGCGUUUAAUUUAAGUCCGGAUGAGAUCCUAUUUUGCACACUCAACACCCACAAAAUUGAUAUGGAAAAGCUGCUGGGAGGGCAGAUAGGACUGGAGGACUUCAUCUUCGCUCACAUAAAAGGCCUCAAAAAGGAAGUGGAGGUGUACAAAGCUGAGGAGGCACUUGGGCUCACCAUCACAGACAAUGGAGCUGGAUACGCCUUCAUAAAGCGUAUCAAAGAGGGCAGUGUGAUGGAUGGAGUAAAGGUGAUCUGUGUGGGAGAUCAUAUCGAAUGCAUUAAUGGAAAGAACAUCGUCGGAAUGCGGCACUAUGAGGUGGCGCGAAUGCUGAAGGAGCUUCCCAAGGAUCAGUCCUUCACCAUCAAACUUGUGGAGCCCAUGAAAGCCUUUGAGAUGCUUGAACCAAGGUCAAGAGGGGUUGGAGGAAAAUCCUCAGGAGAUGGCAAGAUAGGCACAGGCAGAGAAACCCUCAGAUUGCGCUCCAAGGGUCCUGCAACAGUCGAGGAGAUGCCCACAGAGUUUGAAGAGAAGGCAGUGAAGAAAGUGGAUGACCUUCUUGAGAGUUACAUGGGCAUUCGAGACACUGAAUUAGCGGCCACGAUGGUCGAGGUGGGCAGAGAUAAGAAGAACCCUGAUGAGUUUGCCAUGGCUCUGGACCAGGCUCUUGGUGACUUUGCCUUCCCAGAUGAGUUUGUGUUCGACGUCUGGGGAGCCAUCGGUGAUGCUAAACAGGGACGGUUUUAAACGCUGCUACACACACACACACACCCUCCCCCCAACAACCAUUAUAAAAAACUGAGCUGAAAUCAAGAUCAUCCUGUUCAGAGUCAUGCAGUUUAUAGCUAGCAUGCUGAACAUUUUAACUGAUAUGAUUGUAAGAUAUAUUUUUUACAAAUAAAUAAUAAACAAAAAAUAAUAGUAAAUAUCACCACUGUAUUUUUCUUCACAUAAUACAUUCUCAAGCCUUUCAAAGAGCUUCAACAGCAGUUAGGCACCAGGUUUGGACCUCUCAGGAUGAGAAGAAUUUAUCUAGAGAAAUUAUUUCUGUGGUUUAGCAUUUGUAGGUGAAGCUGGGAGUUUAUGAUAUUAAAAAAAAAAAAGCCAAGGGAAAGGGUGAUGUUUGAAACACUCUUUUGCAUAGAGAGCAUUUUGUAUAGAAUUAUGGAUAUACAUCCAUUGUGUUUUUAGAGCUAUUUUAGACUUUGUAAUUUAUUUAAUAAAGUGAUGAAACUUGGAAAAUUGCAGCUCCAGUAGUCAAUUCAAAAUAUACACAUGAACAUAAAAACAUAAAGUUGUCAUGUAACCUUAAAAAUAGUGCCAACCAGAUAAAGUUCAUUUAAGAAAUAUCACAAAUGAGUUAAUAUCACAUGGUUGAUUUUAUUGCUAUUAGUUUUAUUGUAAAAUACAAUCCAUAAGGGAUCACUUUUUAUGAUAGAUGUAUGUUUUUGUGUGCCUUCACGUUUGUUUUGUCAAUUUAAUUUAGUAUGAACAAUUUCUAUUGUGCUCAAAUCACAGGUUUUGUCUUUGCCUGUUUUUUUGUUGUUGUUGUUGUUUGUUUGUUUGUUUGUUUUUUGUCAUCCAUUUAUUAAAGGUGAAAAAAGGAUGUACUAAA